GGGGCCCUGGCCACGGCCACGGCCCCGGCCCGCAACGUGCUGCUUCUCCUGGCGGAUGACGGUGGCUUUGAGAGCGGCACCUACAACAACUCGGCCAUCCGGACACCCAACCUGGAUGCGCUGGCCCGGCGCAGCGUGGUCUUCCAGAACGCCUUCACCUCCGUCAGCAGCUGCUCCCCCAGCCGGGCCAGCAUCCUGACUGGCUUACCCCAGCACCAGAAUGGGAUGUACGGGCUGCACCAGGACGUGCACCACUUCAACUCCUUCGACAGCGUGCAGAGCCUGCCCCGGCUGCUCAGCCAAGCACGCGUCCGAACAGGGAUAAUUGGGAAGAAGCAUGUUGGGCCUGAGGCUGUCUACCCCUUCGACUUUGCCUACACAGAGGAGAACAGUUCGGUCUUGCAGGUUGGGAGAAACAUCACUCGAAUCAAAGCGCUUGUCCGGCAGUUCCUGCAGAGCCAGGAUGACAGGCCUUUCUUCCUCUACGUCGCCUUCCACGACCCCCACCGCUGCGGGCACUCCCAGCCCCAAUAUGGGGCCUUUUGUGAGAAAUUUGGCAACGGAGAGAGCGGCAUGGGCUGGAUCCCUGACUGGAAGCCACAGCUCUACCACCCAGAGCAAGUGCAGGUUCCCCACUUUGUUCCAGACACGCCGGCUGCCCGGGCGGACCUGGCAGCCCAGUACACAACCAUUGGGCGCAUGGACCAAGGGAUCGGGCUGGUCCUGGAGGAGCUGCGGCGUGCCGGCUUCCACAACAGCACACUGGUGAUCUACACCUCCGACAACGGCAUCCCCUUCCCCAGCGGCAGGACCAACCUCUACCGUUCUGGCACCGCCGAGCCCCUGCUGAUCUCCUCCCCCGAGCACACCGAGCGCUGGGGGCAAGUCAGCCAGGCCUUCGCCACCCUCCUGGAUCUGACACCGACCAUUUUGGACUGGUUCUCCAUCCCCUACCCUUCUUACAGCAUCUUUGGCACGAAGCGGGUGCAGCUCACUGGAAAGUCUCUCCUGCCAGCACUGGAGUCGGAGCAGCCCUGGGCCACCGCCUUCAGCAGCCAGAGCCACCACGAGGUGACCAUGUACUACCCCAUGCGAGCCAUCCAGCACCACCAGUUCCGCCUCAUUCACAACCUCAACUACAAGAUGCCCUUUCCCAUCGACCAGGACUUCUACGUCUCACCCACUUUCCAAGACCUGCUCAACCGCACCAGGGCUGGGCAGCCAACCCACUGGAACAAGACCCUGCACCAGUACUACUACAGGGACCGCUGGGAGCUCUUCGACUGCAGCCGUGACCCCACCGAGAGCCAGAACCUGGCCCCUGACCCCCGCUACGCCACCGUCUUCCAGCUGCUUCGCACGCAGCUCUUGAAGUGGCAGUGGGACACGAGUGACCCUUGGGUAUGUGCCCCUGACGCUGUCCUGGAGGAGAAACUGAGCCCCCAGUGCCGGCCACUGCACAACGAGCUGUGAGC